GUGAGAAAGGCGGAAGAACUGUGGGCAGCUGCCUGUUCCUGGAUGGCCGUCUGUGGCCCCGAGACUCUUGUGCUCCCUCACAAACAGACAUCGCCGUGUUUCAGGUGGCCGAAAGAGGCAAAGCAAAGAUGGCUGAGACCACAGUCAGCUCCACAUUCUCCAUCCUUGUGAAGUCUUUGUUAGGAAAAAUUAUUUCUGUGCCGGUGUCUUUGGAUGACACAGUGCUGGACCUAAAGAUGAAGUUAUUUGCACUGGAGAGUGAUUUCUACCCUUCUCAGGCACGACUGAUUCAUGAUGGCUGGCAGUUGGUGGACGAACUAACUCUCAGACAUUACAACAUUACCUCCAACAGCAUUGUACACCACAUUCUUAGGUUGCGAGGUGGUGGUUCAGCUCCCUUAAAGGGCAAGGAAGAUGUCUCAGCCACAGGCGGUCAACUACCAGUGGUGCAACAACAGGGUGGUUUACCAGGAAUUGCCUCAAGGAUAAAAAUACCAAGCGGUUCAGCAGGUGUCACUUCGAUUAUAGAAAUGAAGAGCUAUCUGGCAGGCAUCACCUCCACAGGUGCAGAGGAAAUCCAGAAAUGGCCACAGUCAGAUGUUCCAGCAGAGGAGAGAAGCUGUCACUGUGUGAGGCAGGAACUUCAAGAAGUGAAGCCGGAGAUAGAUUCAUACGUUUUGAAGGAAGAAAACAUAUACAAAGCUUGUCUCCCUGGACCAGGCAUCUUCCAGUGCUCUGAGACAGGCCUUGCCUUUGAGGUGCAGUCAGCAGCCAGCAUUGUGUACAGAUAUGCCUCCUGGAGCACGCAUCUGAAAGAGGCUGACCAGAAUGUGUGGGUACCUGCUGGGCCUCUUUUCAACAUCUGGGCGCUGCCUGGAACCGUGCGAGCUGUGCAUCUCCCCCACUUCAUUUGUCUGUCAGAUGCAGACAUCAGUGGAUGCUCUAUUGCCCAUUUUGAAUUCCAGAAGAUGACCAUACAGCAACCAACAGAAGUGAUGGCCUUCUCCGCUGUCCUGGAGAAUCCCAGCUUCUCUCUUGUUGGGGUGGUUUGGAGAAAGUUACGUUCAGCCAUUUCUCUCCCUAUGCACUCCUUAGUGCUGAUCUUCCAUCAGCUCUCCGCUGCAAAUACAACCCUGCAUCUCUACCUGAUCCCAGAUGACAUCUCGGUGAAGAAGGCCAUUGAAAGACAAGAGAUGAGCUGGAACUCAAAGCUUAUUCCCAAGCCUCCUCCAUUCAGCCCUCUGUUCUUUGGCAACAGAUAUCAGGUGUCCAGUAACGCUCAAGUGAAGAUUACACCUGGAACACACUUGCCAUUCUGCUACAAGAGUCCAAAGGACCAACAGCUCUUUGUUGAGAUCUACAUCAGGAAUAUGGCAGAGGAAAUUGAAUUCUUUAUUACAGACGGACAGAAUGACACCGAGGUCUGGAGGGCAUCACUGAGAUCAGGUGAUUUUAGUCAUUCUAGAAAUGACUCCAAGACCCCUUCAGGUGCAGCCUUCCUGAAGAAGCACAAGACAGAGCUUUGUUCCAGGAUGGGGCAGCUCUCCUCCAUUCUACUAAAUUUAAGGGUUGGAGAUGUAAUCAACAGUGAAGAAGAAGAGGAGGUGCAAGCUCAAAAUACUAAACAAAAGAAGAAUCAAUUUCUGCUGGACCUAGUUGAGAGAAAAGGGCCCAAUGCCCAACAAAAGCUCUUUCAGGUCCUCCGGACAAAAGACCCAUUCCUUGUUGAACACCUGGAGAACAACUAAGACUGGGAAAGCAGACGGCUUUUGCUCCCAUUGACAGAUUAAGGGAGUGCCAGGAGAGUCAGGCAAAAGGAGGGAUUUGUCAGUGUCUGAAUCCUGACCUUUCCAUGCAAAAUCCAUGAUACAAUCAA